AUGGCUGCCAAGGCAAUUUCCUUGCGCGACCGCCAGAUUGCCUCCCUCAAGAAGAUCCUCAAUCUGAACGACCCCGUUGACCAGAAGGACGACGAUGACCUGCACGCCAAUGGCGCUUCCGGUGCUGCCGCCUCCCUCGUAACAUCUGAGGGCGAGCCAAUCUGGAAGGUUCUUGUCUUUGACGACCUCGGUCGCGAUGUCAUCAGCAGUGUGCUCAGGGUAAGCGACCUGCGCGCCCUGGGAAUCACCAUGCACAUGCAUCUGUCAGGCUCGAGACAUCCCAUACCCGAUGUGCCAGUGAUAUAUCUCCUCGAACCCAGCGCCAAGAAUCUUCAGUCCAUAACCAACGACCUUCAGAAGGGCCUCUAUUCGCCGGCUUACAUCAACUUCACAUCAUCCAUACCAAGGCCACUGCUAGAAGACUUUGCCACUCAGACAGCGACAGCAGGUACAUCUGAACAUAUUGCCCAGCUCUACGAUCAGUAUCUCAACUUCAUUGUGGCGGAGCCGGACCUGUUCAGCUUAGGAAUGCAGAAGGAGAACACAUACUGGGCCCUGAACAGCGCAAAGACGAACGAUGAGGAAUUGGAUCAUGUCGUGGACAAGAUCGUCAGUGGACUCUUCAGCGUCGUGGUCACAAUGGGUGUAAUACCCAUAAUACGCUGCCCAAAGGGUGCCGCAGCUGAGAUGAUUGCCGCCAAGUUGGAUAGAAAACUUCGAGAUCACGUUCUGAACUCCAAGGACAACCUUUUCUCCGCGAGCGCUCGGCCUGCUUCUUCAGCUAGCACUCCAACCUCCCGACCUGUACUGGUCAUCCUGGACCGGAAUGUGGACCUCAAUCCCAUGCUCUCCCAUUCCUGGACAUACCAAUCACUCGUGCACGAUGUUCUAAACAUGAAGCUUAACCGCAUCACCAUUGAGACACCCGUCAACGAGCAAGAUCCGAGCAAGGGAAAGACGAAAAAGGCUUAUGACCUUACGGCCACAGACUUUUUCUGGGAGAAGAAUGCCCCCCUGCCCUUCCCGCAGGUUGCCGAGGACAUAGAUGCAGAAUUGACACGGUACAAGGAUGAGGCGGCCGAAAUCACAAAGAAAACAGGUGCUUCAUCUAUAGAAGACCUUCAAAACGAUACGAGUGCGAGCGCCCAUCAUCUCAAAGCUGCGAUCACUCUUCUCCCUGAGCUGAGGGAAAGGAAAGCGAUUCUCGAUAUGCACAUGAAUAUUCUGGCUGCUCUUCUUACAGGAAUUAAGAACCGGCAACUUGAUACUUACUUUCAGAUGGAAGAGGAGGUGAUGAAGCAGACAAAGGCGCAAGUGUUGGAGGCCAUCAAGGAUGAAGCCAGGGGCCAAGAACCGCUGGACAAACUUCGUCUGUUCAUUAUCUGGUUCUUGAGCACAGAGCAGGAAGUCAGUCGCGCGGAAUGGACUCAAUUUGAGGAAGCUCUGCAAGCCGCGGGUGCCGAAACCACGUCCCUGCCAUACAUAAGACAAGUUCGUGCUACCACGAAAAUGACACAGCUAACAACCAUUAACAACCCCGCGCAACCGUCAGCACAAGCUGGAUCGGAUCUAUUUGGUCGGUUCUCGAAUCUGUCUUCAAGACUUACCGACAGGGUCAAGGACGCCGGCGUCACGCUGCCUGGUGGUUUGAACCUUGACUCUCUGAGCGGUGCGCUGAAGAAUCUGAUACCUGUGAACCGAGACUUGACGGUCACCAAGAUUGUCGAGUCCGUCAUGGACCCACAAACAGCCUCGAGCUCGGCACUAGCAAAGACGGAAGGCUACAUGUUUUUCGAUCCUAGAAGUGCAAAUGCGCGCGGCACAAUGCCUACACCGAGUGCUGUCAGAGCUGGAACAGGUAGCACUCCCGGGGGUCUUCCCGGCACUCAAGGUCCGGGAAUGGGAGCAUCUUUUGGACAAAGGCGCCAGGGAUACACCGAUGCCAUUGUGUUUGUGGUAGGAGGCGGCAGCAUGGAUGAGUAUGGCAAUCUACAAGAGUGGAUCACUCGGACAGGUGGCGAAAGAGCCAAGAAGAGAGUCAUCUAUGGCGCGACUGAAAUCAUGAACGCGACCGAGUUUGUCGAUGGGCCACUACGCCGCCUGGGAGCGGAAGUUGGGAGCUGA